UUCGCUGCAUUCUAGGCAAUUGACUGGCUAUGCGACAGGGUGCCGCCCCUAUUCACCCACAAUGGAGACUGAAGAGAUUUACUCGGAAACCGACUCUCACUUUUAGAUUUUACUGGAAUUACUGCAUAUUUGUCCAAUUUUAUUUGAUAUUAUUUUCUGCGAUUAUUACUGUGUAUAUAUAAUUUAAAGUGAUUCGAUAGCUGUUUGAGAAAACCAGUCAGCACCGUCAGUUGUUUUCCUGGAUUUACGUUUGCUAGCCAAAGAGGAAAUUGUUCUGGGCUAUGAGCCUAGCUAGCCGCACCGGUAGCUAAUCCGUUUUUGUCAUUGCAUACCUUUGAUUUUUGAAAGUCGAGCGAAGCCGUUUUGUACAUCCUUAAAUCACGGAAUGACCGAAUACAAGCUCGUUGUGGUGGGCGCCGGUGGCGUGGGCAAGAGCGCGUUGACCAUCCAGCUCAUCCAGAACCACUUCGUCGACGAGUACGACCCCACCAUCGAGGACUCGUACCGGAAGCAGGUGGUGAUCGACGGGGAGACCUGCCUGCUGGACAUCCUGGACACUGCAGGUCAGGAGGAGUAUAGCGCCAUGCGGGACCAGUACAUGAGGACCGGGGAGGGCUUCCUCUGCGUCUUCGCCAUCAACAACGCCAAGUCCUUCGAGGACGUGCACCUGUACAGGGAGCAGAUAAACCGGGUGAAGGACAGCGACAGCGUGCCCAUGGUGCUGGUGGGUAACAAGAGCGACCUGGGCUCGCGCACGGUGGAGACGCGGCAGGCCCAGGAGCUGGCCCGCAGCUACGGCGUGCCCUUCGUGGAGACGUCCGCCAAGACCCGGCAGGGAGUGGAGGAGGCGUUCUACUCUCUGGUUCGGGAGAUCAGACGGUACAAGGAGACCAACCGCAGCAACAAGAAGAACAAGAAGAGCUCACAGAGACGCUGCACGCUGCUAUAGCAACGGGACGGCCCGGCCGCCGCCCCGCCCAGUGACACUGCCUCGGCCGACGCGGUCCGCCCCCUUAGCACUAUCAAUCCCACAAUCCCCUUCAGCCUCCCUCCAUAGCCGCACCACCCCACCCAGACACUGCUCAAAAUGGCCCCCCUCUCACCCGGUCAUGGUCAAAUAGGCCACCCCUCGUCCUUAAAAAAAGCAGUGCCGCGUAGAACGUCGUGAACCAGGGUUCUGCAUGCAUUCUUUUGCUUUUUACAUGGGGCGUCAAACUCGAAUCCCGGAGGGCCGCGAUGUCUGCGGGUUUUUCGAUUUAAGCGACCGGGCGCUGACCGAAAGGCGACCGGGCGCUGACCGAAAGGCGACCGGACGCCGCAGAAACCCGCGGACGCCGUGGCCCUCCGGGCGCCGCAGUUUCUCCCCGCGGCGCGACGUGCUGUAAAACCCGCGGCCAUCUCCAGGACGGGAGCGGGCCAAUCGCGUUGCGCGACUUCAGUGUUAAACGGAAAGGAUCGGGGUUCCCGCCCAACAGGAACGGGGGAAGCGACGGUCCGACCACGGUUCUAAGAGCGGGCAGUCCCUGGAAAGCGAUGCCGAACGAUCAGCUUUGUUAAAAUAGCCGAUGGGAGGAGGUUAGAAGCAUAAAGGGAUAAGGAGGGGAUGGAGAGAUAUAUGAACAAUGUGUGCUGGGUAAGGAAAAUUAUUCUUUUUUUAAAGUUACAAAACCUCUCCUCUUUCAACUCAAAAGUCGCGUUCCCUGCCGUACUAAAUGUCUAGCAGUGACGACCCCGGUCUCUGUCCUUUUAUGAAAGUGUUAAGCUUACUCGGUUGCCGUCGGCGACGUCGGGAACCUGCUCGCUACGGGCUUCGGUUACCAUGGUGACUUGGUUUGCCACCGACCGCUCGCGUCGCAGCGCGGACCGGCCCAUCGGGUCAGAGCGUAGGCGGAGCCUCAGACAGCUCCGGCCCCCCCCUCUCCCCCCUCCCGCAUGUUUCCGAAUCUCGGCCGAGCUGGUAGUAUUCACCUCCCCGGUGUUCCCCACAGGUUUAGAACGUCCAGACCAAACUGUGCUGUCAUUCCCGCACCUACGUGAGGUGCUUAGCUGUCAAUAAAGUGAACUUUUUGGUUAAA